CCAAAACUCAGGCCUGUUUUCCAGUCAGCUGCUGCAGUCUGGAUCAUAAAGCUCUCAGAGAGAAAGAGCUCCAUCCUCCUGGAAGUGCUGAAACUCCAAUCAGAGAAGAAACACCAAGUGGAGCUGAGAGGCUGCUCAGAUGAAGAGAGUGAAGUGAGGAGUUUUCUACAGUGUCUGCCUUAUAUCUCACAGCUCAGGACUGUGAGACUAAAACAGGUCUGAGUCUCCUUCCAUCAUUACAGUCAGUUUUCCAGUCAGCUGCUGCAGUCUGGAUCAUAAAGCUCUCAGAGAGAAAGAGCUCCAUCCUCCUGGAAGUGCUGAAACUCCAAUCAGAGAAGAAACUGGUGGAGCUGAGAGGCUGGUCAGAUGAAGAGAGUGAAGUGAGGAGUUUCCUACAGUGUCUGCCUUAUAUCUCACAGCUCAGCAGCAGAGAGAGAACAGCAGACAGGAGAGAAGACACUGGAGCUGUUAUUAUCAGUGUGCAGAUAUCAAACAUUCCUUUUAAAAGACUGGGAUUUUAAUGGAUAUCAGAGUGAUUUCCUGCUGCAUCUGUUCUCCCACCUGAAGGACUGUGAGACUAAAACAGGUCUGAGUCUCCUUCCAUCAUUACAGUCAGUUUUCCAGUCAGCUGCUGCAGUCUGGAUCAUAAAGCUCUCAGAGAGAAAGAGCUCCAUCCUCCUGGAAGUGCUGAAACUCCAAUCAGAGAAGAAACUGGUGGAGCUGAGAGGCUGCUCAGAUGAAGAGAGUGAAGUGAGGAGUUUUCUACAGUGUCUGCCUUAUAUCUCACAGCUCAGGACUGUGAGACUAAAACAGGUCUGAGUCUCCUUCCAUCAUUACAGUCAGUUUUCCAGUCAGCUGCUGCAGUCUGGAUCAUAAAGCUCUCAGAGAGAAAGAGCUCCAUCCUCCUGGAAGUGCUGAAACUCCAAUCAGAGAAGAAACUGGUGGAGCUGAGAGGCUGCUCAGAUGAAGAGAGUGAAGUGAGGAGUUUCCUACAGUGUCUGCCUUAUAUCUCACAGCUCAGCUGUGAUCCCGAGUUCUUCCAGAGUGUGUGUUCACUGAUCUCGGUCAGAUCCAGAGAGGAGGCCCAGCAGUUGGCCUCUGUGCUGCAGCUGCUGGGCUUCAGCCUGCCGUUAACAGGAGAGUUGUCUGUGGGGACAGUUGUCAGACUUUGUGGCUCUGACGUAAAUCUCAUCCUCACACCAAGAAAGAUGUCUGUCAGAGGAGCCUCCCUCCUCUUUAGACAUACAACACAACUUCACAGUCUGAAGCUUUCCAUUGACAUGGCCUUGUUUAUGUGUUGAUGGUUCAGAAGAGGGACAGUGGCCUGUCGGCUGACUAUCGUGGAGCUUUCUCUCUCCUCUCAGACAGCCCAACCAUCAGAGAGAGUGCUGAUGAAGGUUGUCAGUAGUUUGGCUUCCCUGCUGAGAUACUGGACAGUCAGACGGUUAGACCUGACGGAGGUCUGUGUUCCUGCUCAGGGUCUCAUUCCUCUGCUGCUUCAUGAUGGUCCUCUAACAAUCAAACUGAGUGAGAAGGUUUUGCAGCCGCUACUCUCCCUCCUCCAUGAAAUCCAGGAUGAGGCCUUGACCUGUUCCUUCUUGAGGAAGGUUGGUGGAGAGCUGACGUCCUGCUCUCUGAACUGGGAGCUCCUUCACUAUCUGCUGCUGCAGUCCUCAGCUCACACCAUCACUGUGAACAUGAGGAAGAGCCGCUUCUUACAGGAGAGCGUCUCGCGUCUGCUUCCCUUUCUGGACAGGGUUGUGUUCAAAAGACCCAGUCCCAGCUUUGUGUUGACCGCCAUCAGAGAGAUCUAUAAAGCUCGAGCCAGUCCCAUUAUAGCCAGUUUACUGAGGUCAUUGGAUGAUGUCAUCAACCUGACCUGCAGAGAGAUGGACUUGGAGGACUUUGCUGCUCUGCUCUUCACCCUCAGACACAGUGACCGAGUUAAACUGAACCUUACGUGGACCUUUAUACCAGCAGGGGAAAUAAAGUCCAUCCUCUUUAUGCUGGACAAAGUCUCUCAUCUCAGUGUUGACAGGAAUCAGCUGCUGAGGUUGGUCCACUGCUGCGCUGCCUCUGAGGCCCAGCAGGGGGCAGCAGCCGGCCUGCUCAGGACUGUGCAGCACCGGCUGGAUCUGUCCUGCUGCUCCAGUGUGGAGCUGGACCCUCAGAGUGACUCUCUCAGUCUGACUGAUGAGGACUGCAGGGCCGUCUCCACCAUCCUGACUCACAGCAGCAGAGACACACAGCUCAUCCUGCAGGACUGUGAGCUGGAGGACAGCGGCCUGGACCUGCUGUUUCCUGUCUUGCACAGAGUCCGUCUCAGAGCCAGUAAAGCUGUCCUCCUCCGGCUGGUCUCCCUGGUUCCUGUGAACAGUGAGAGGGAGUCAGUGAGACGGGCAGUGUCCCUCCAUACAGCCCUGGAUGGACAGCUUGACCUCAGUCACAGCACACUGGAUCAUAGGGCCUGUGAAGCUCUGGCCCUAAUGCUGGACUUCAGUGAAGAGCUGACAGAGCUGGACCUGAGUAACUGUGGACUCACUGACCAGCUGCUGCUCACACUCAGCGCACAUCUGCACAAAGUACAAGUCUUGGAUCUGAGUCACAAUAACAUCACUGAUGCUUCAACUGACAUGUUACUCCGGCUGUCCAUCAACACCUCCACUGACACCGUGCGACUCUUCGGGAACAACAUUGUGGACAGAACCUCCUUUAAGGAAGACAAGCGGUUUGAGAUCUGGUGAAGCAGUCGUCAGUGUGGCGGUGGUCCUGUGUAAGGUCUCCUUCUACCACCUCAGGAACAUUGCCAAACCCAGUCUCACACUCUGUCUGUCAGAUGCAGAAAAACACCGUCCACACCUUUGCCUCCUCCUCAGGACUUCUAGCUAGAGCCUUCGAGAACUUCACUACAUCCAGAACAGCGCCGCUAGGAUCUAAGGUACGAAAAUACGACCACAUCACACCCAUCCUUCGCUCUCUCCACUGGCUUCCUGUCUCGUUCAGGAUCAAGUACAAAAUCACGCUGCUCACCCAUCCAUGGAAACGCCCCUCCCUACCUCAGAGAACAACUCACACCACACACCUCCUGAUGGGACCAACAAACAAAGGCCUUCUUCUGCUCGGCCGCUCCUCUUCUGUGGAGUUCCUCCCAGACCACCUGAGGGCUCAGCAAAACACUGACUCCUUCAGGGAGGGCAUAAACACAUUUCUUUUUCAGAAAGCCUUCUUCUAAACUUUGUAUUUUUAUGCUCCUGUUUUUUAAAACUGUUUUUAAUAUUGUUUACUUAUUAAAUGAAAAUAUGACUGUAUUGCCGGUACUAA